UGCGCUUCCUGCCCUUACGUCAUCUCUGCGCGCCGCGCGCGGGCCGUGCCGCCGCCAUGGUGCAGCUCGGGAGCCGCCUCCUGAGGGCCCGCGGCGGCCACGUCGUCAUCCGCUUCGCGCUCGGGGGCUGCACCAACCGGCCGUUCUUCCGCAUCGUGGCGGCCAACAGCCGGCGCGCCCGCGACGGGAAGUACCUGGAGCAGCUCGGCUGCCUGGACCCGCUGCCCAACGCGCACGGCGAGAAGGUGGCGGGGCUCAACCUGGAGCGGCUGCGCUACUGGCUGGGCUGCGGCGCGCAGCUCUCCCGGCCCGCCGAGAAGCUCCUGGGGCUGGCGGGGUUCCUGCCGCUCCACCCCAUGACGGUGACCGGCGCCGAGAGGCUGCGCCGGCGGCGACAGCGCGAGCAGCAGCCAGAGGCUGCCCCUGCGGACGGCUCGGCCGAGCCCGGCACCGGCACCGCGCCCUGACACCGCCCGGCCGGGAGCGUCCCGAGCGGCCCGGAACCGCUCCGGGCACGGGACCGCUCCGGCACGGGACUGCACCGGCCCGGGUGUGCUCCCGCUCCGGCCCGCCCGGGCCCGAGGACUCUCCUGCGCUGUCAGUGCGUGUGACCCCAUUAAAAUGUUACCUCUGCACCGUCCAUCUGCUGCUUUCUCCAGACUCCUCUCAGCCGGGGUUCACUGUGCCACGCGCGGUGCAUAGAAGAGGCUGUGCUGCUCCGAUGCAGCUCCAGGAGGGAGCUCCCCAGGCAUCCCUUGGCUCCAGGUGCUCUGGCACAUCCUGUGCCUGUGGCCUGCUCCACUUGUCAGAGCUGUGACUCCUGGCUGUGAUUUACUGUGACAGAGCAGUCCGGUGGUUCAGGGCAGGCCUGGCACAGAUAGAUGCAAAUAGAAGUGCAGCUGCUUUUCUGUUUAUUUUCUCCAGAGAGGUUCUGGGGCUGUUUGUUCAUUUAAAAGCAAAAGAGAAAGAUUGCAGUCUCAUGUAAAGAGGGACUGGGGGAGUGAGUUACAAGUCCUUGACCCUGUUCCAAGAGACAAGAAACCCACCAAAGUCUCUCCUACCUCAGAUGGACCCCUAAGCUUUUUGGGGUUUCCUUUGUGCAACACUUCAAUGAUUCUGCAAAUGUCAGGCAAAGAGAAGUUUCCAGUGUAGCAUCUCAGUGAAGCUGUUAGGGUAACCAACCUCUGGGGGAGGGAGAACACAUUAGGAAAGCUACCUUUUACACAUAUUCUUUUUUUAAUAAAGUGUAUCCCCUGUAGGGUGCAAGAUGCUUAAUUACUCAUUUGUAGAAAAUAAAUAGUCUAGAGAACACUUAAAUACUUCCCAAUAUACCUUAUAUAUGCUUAGAUACAUAUUAUAUUUAUAUAUAUAAAUUUUAUUCUAUUUUAUUCUUGAAAAGAUGUAUUUUUCCAACCAUAGAACAGCAGAAGUUCUGAAAUCAUGAGGUCUGUCUGAGUGACACAGCAGAGGC